AUGAACGAAGCUGCUAAAAACAAAGUGCUUCCACCUCUACCCAAUGAGGUACGCAAGUUCAAGCAACAUAUAAGGACAUCUGCCAGUAUCAAAGAUGAUGAACCCAAAACGGCCUCAAGUCUAAAAUCAAGAAGAUCAAAAAGACCACCUCCUUUGAUACUCCGGAAGUCAGUUGCAUCGGUACACUCAUUUGGUUCUCCGUGUUCGGCAAGCUCAGCAAGUUCUGACACGUCGAUGUCCGAGUCUCCUCAUACACCUUUUUAUGAACAUAAAAUGUCUACUUCUGAAGAAGGGAAUGUUAUCAUAAAUCAUAGAAGUAGCGCCAAUAUGAUAUCGGCAAGGUCACUGUCACGUAAAGGGCCGGAUCUUAAACUAGAGUCGCGUUCUCUGAAUAGACGUAACUUGAAAAAGCUCACUCUCAAACCCGUUGGACCGAAAUCUGACGAGAGCCGAACACAGGGUGAUGAUACAGACGAACAAAAUGACAAAACCCCAGAGGAAGAAGAAUCAAACACCCUCACACCACUUGCAGAAACUCACAGACACUCGAUAUACAAUCUUGAUCCGGAAAGAAAGGCAUCUACAGAUGAGCUUAUAAGUAACAUUCAACAUCUUGAAUUGGGCGUCGAGUAUCAGGUACCAAUCAAAGCCGAGGAGUUGGUGCAGCUAAAGAAACUGGGCUCGGGUAACUCUGGCACCGUUUCAAAGGUGUUGCACAUCCCUACACAGAAGAUAAUGGCCCGGAAGGUGAUCCAUCUGGAGGCCAAAGAGGUAGUCCAGUCACAAAUCAUUCGGGAACUUCGCAUAAUGCACGAAUGUGACUCACCAUUUAUAAUUGGUUUCUAUGGAGCAUUUCUGCACGAAGGUGACGUUGUUUUAUGCAUGGAAUAUGUUGACUGUGGCUCGUUUGACAAAAUACUCAAGUUGACAGGGCCACUGCCCGAGUUUAUGCUUAAGCAUGUGGCGUAUUCUGUGCUUUCAGGCCUCAACUAUCUGUAUGACACACAUAGAAUAAUACAUAGAGAUGUCAAGCCUUCGAAUGUACUUCUUGACUCUAGAGGACACAUCAAGCUUUGCGAUUUUGGUGUCUCAAAAGAGCUGAUUAACUCGAUGGCCGAUACAUUUGUUGGCACAUCCACUUACAUGUCUCCAGAAAGGAUCCAGGGUGGUGUUUAUACCGUCAAGGGUGAUGUAUGGUCCUUAGGAAUAAUGCUUUAUGAGCUGGCCUCUGGAAGGCAUGCAUAUUCUGAUGCGAAUGAUCCAAAUCAUGAUCCCGAUUCAAUUCUGGAACUUCUGCAGCGUAUUGUAAAUGAGGCACCGCCACAACUUAGUCCAUCGGAUGGAUAUUCCGCUGAACUUUGCGAUUUUGUCGCCAAGUGCUUGAAGAGAGAAAAUCAACGUGCAGGUCCUCGUGAAUUAGUGAAGCAUCCAUUUCUAUCGGAUUUUGUAGAUGCGGACGGCUUUAGGGUCAGCCAGAAAUACAGAAGUUUGAUAAAGAGGUGGGCUAAGAAUGUUAGAAGAAUGGAAAAGGGGAAGCCAGUAAAAUGA